ACUCAAACCAACAAGAACUAGUCAAAGCACAAUACCGCAGAAGUAGCACCAUGGCUCCUCUCAAGAACUCCUUUGUAACAUCUCUGGUCAUUGCACUAACAUUUACAAGCUUCUUCACCAGCCUAUCCGCUCAUCGUCACCUUCUCCAAUCAACACCAGUGACUCAGCCUCCAGCUUUAACAUUCCCACCUCUGCCCAAAACCACUAUGCCACCGCUUCCUUCUCUACCAACUCCAGCACAACAAACGUUGCCACAGCCACAACCAACUCUGCCACAGCCCACCGGGUUGCCAAUGCCACCAAUUCCGAGCACACAGAUACCUUCAUUGCCCAACCCGGUGCAGCCCACAAUCCCUAACAUUCCACAGGUCAACUUCCCUAGCAACUUCCCCUUUAACUUUCCUUUCAACAUUCCUUUCCUUACUCCACCACCUUCAAAGUAAGAGAAGUGACAAGCUAGCUCUUUAGCUGUCACAGAUUAUUAUCCUUCUCUCCUGAGACAGCUUUGUAUCACACACUCUACUUUGUGUCAGUUUGUAUACACAUAUAUGCAUUCUUUUGCUGUUGUUUGGUGUCGUCGUCCUCUUUGUUGUUGCUUCCAUGAGUCAGUUCCUUUUGUAAUAUACAGCUUUUUUCUAA